AUGCAUUCAUCAUUUCGUACCUUUAUUGUCCUGUUGGCCUUUGCUGGUGUAACUGAAACCUUAAACCAUCAGAAACAAAUUGAUGUAGUCAAUCAAUGUCAGCAUGGUAUUCGAGUUGGUUACCAGACAAACGGAAACCGACACUCCCGGACGUUCUCCGUUCGGCCUAAUAGCGACAGUCACCGGUUAAUAGUUGACUCCGAGUGGGCGGGACGUAUUUGGGCAAGACCAUCGUGCGGAUCUCGCAGGUGUGGCAGUGUCGCUGGUGCCACAAGCCCAGCUUCGUUAGCAGAGUUCAAGAUGACAGGCGCCAACGGGGUGGACUACUACGAUGUAUCAUUUGUAGACGGAUACAACCUUCCUAUCCGUAUUGCACCAACCGUAGUUUCUGGACUAGACCACCUGGAUUCUAAUGAUCUGAUGCAUUGUCAACCAACUGUCUGUAAAAGCCUGCCGGUCUGUCCUGUAGAUCUUCGGUAUCAGGACAGUAAAGGAAAGUUUGUGGCUUGUAGAAGUGCUUGUUCAAGAUACCAGGAUGAUGCAUAUUGCUGCACAGGAGAAUUUAGCACACCUGAAACAUGCAGUACAAACCACUAUGCGAACGCGAUCAAGAAUGCAUGUCCAAACUCCUACAGUUACGCCUAUGAUGACCAGACUAGUGUGUAUGUGUGUAAAGCAAGACAUUAUACUGUCACAUUUUGUCCACAAGAAGACUGA